AUGGAGGAAUUGUUGGGUCUACUGAGGAUUCACGUAAACCGGGGCGUAAACCUCGCUGUUCGCAAUGUCCGUACCAGCGAUCCUUACAUCAUCUUUGGAAUGGGCAAUCAGUCACUGAAGACUGAAGUAAUAGAUAGGGAUGUUAAUCCGGUUUGGGACGAAGACUUAACUCUUUCCAUUAGAGACCUUGAAAUGCCAAUCCAACUUACUGUGUAUGACUGUGACAGAUUUAGCAGCCGAUUUAACAUGGAUGACGAAAUGGGUGAUGCGGAGUUCGACAUCAAUACCUUCAUAGAAGACUUGAGAAUGGAUUACACAGACUUUCCGGAUGGAACCAUAUUAGCAAAACAACAACCGAGCAGGCAAAACUGCUUGGCCGAAGCCAGCACUGUGAUUUUGAGGGAAGGGAAGGAUCUUCAGACCUUUGCCUCAGAUUGA